UCCAGGCGCAGUCUCUGCACAGACCUGCUGCAUACAUACUGAGGGGCAUACGCACUUGCCGUGCACCGCCAUCCUUUCACACACGCACACACGCGCGCACGCACGCACGGAGAGAAGCAGCCUCGCACUGCAGCGCCGCAGCCCGAGAGCAGAGAGGAGAGGGGGGAAAAAGGAAGAGAAAAGCGAUCGGUGAAAAUAGCGCGGCUGUGUCUCCGUCAGCAUGCAGCACGCCGUGUGUCUCCUGCUCCUGCUCAGCGCCGCGGGGUGCCUGUCCUCCCCCGUGACCCCCACGCUGACCUCCGACGUCGCCACGCCGACCCCGGACCCCUGCGAGGGCCAGCCCUGCCUCAACGGCGGCUCCUGCGAGCCCCUGCCCGUCCUGCCGGAAACUUCCGAGCCCCUUUCCGACGGCCAGGGGUACGCCUGCUCCUGCGGGUCUGGGUACACGGGGCAGAACUGCGAGUUUUUUACAGACCCCUGUGCCAGCAGCCCCUGUCUCCAUGGUAACUGCAGCGGCAGUGGCGAUGGCAGCAUGUACACGUGUGAGUGCAGUGACGGUUUUGGGGGGGAAAACUGCGACCAGCCCCUCCUGAGCCUGGCUGCGUUUGCCUGGGCCUCCUCGCCCGCACCCCCCGCCCCAGAGCACGCCACACCUGCCACAACCAGCACACCCACCACAGUCCCUUCCACAACCCCGGCUCCACCCACACUGCAGCCAUGGCAACCCCGUCUAGGGCAGAGAGUGGCUGAGUUAGCAUGGGAAGAGGAGCAGAUAACAGAGGGGACAUCCUGUGGGAAUGUGUCCUCAUCAAUGGUCACCCUUUCCCUCGAGGUAGCUGACGAGACAGCUGUAAAGAUCCAGGUGAAUGGCAGUUGGUCUGCGGUUCUGUGGAGAGUCAGUGAGAGAGAGUUCCAGCACUGCUCCAUCUUAGAUGGCACUGCUGCCUGGAUCCAGCAGGCCCCGGACGGACUGGUUCUGCCCGGGGAGUCCCUCCCCCUCGGCCAGAGCUACUUCCUGGGUUUCUUGCACAGUGGCGCUCCUGGUGUUUCUGUGAUGUUAUUGCGCCUACAUCUCACGGUGAAGGCCAGCAGUUGUGUGGAGCCAGGCAGUCGUUUCAGUGACCCACAAUGCUCUGGGAGGGGGAGAUGUGUCACCCAGCCAACUAAGAGCACCUUUUACUGUGAGUGUGAGGAGGGAUAUUCUGGAAUCUUCUGUGAGGAGUUUGAUGCCUGUCACCUGAAGCCGUGUGAGAACAGCGGCACGUGCGGUGACCUGAGACAAGGGGACGAGGGACGCAACUUCACCUGCAUCUGUCCUCCAGGGUACACAGGCGAGCGCUGCCAGGUUCUGGUGGAUCACUGUCAGUCUCAGCCUUGCAAGAACGGGGCCACCUGCUCCAGUGACGCGCUCGGGCCCACCUGCCACUGCUCGGAGGGGUAUGAAGGCUCGCAGUGUGAUCAGAGGAUCGACCCUUGCGCUUCAUCCCCGUGCCACAACAAUGGCAGCUGCUUCUCUGAUGGCCGGGGCUUUGGGUUUGGCUGCAGCUGUGCGUCGGGCUACACUGGCCCCACCUGUGCCCAGCUGGUGGACUUCUGUGCCCUCAACCCCUGCGCCCACGGGAUCUGCCGCAGUGUGGGAACCAGCUACGGGUGUCUCUGUGUGCCAGGGUACCAUGGGCUGUACUGUGAGGAGGAGUAUAAUGAGUGUCUCUCAGCACCCUGUCAGAACCAUGCUACCUGCAGGGACCUGGUGAAUGCCUAUGAGUGUGUCUGCGCACCACAGUACCAGGGGAGACAUUGUGAGAUCUACAAGGACCCAUGUCUGAAAGUGCACUGUCAGAAUGGAGGAACCUGUGAAAGACUAGGCCCUAACUCCACCUGUGUGUGCCCGCCUGGUUUCAUGGGGGCAAACUGUGAGAUCGACAUCAAUGAGUGCGAUAGCAACCCCUGUCACCACGGCGGCACCUGCAUCGACCAAUCAAACGGCUACACCUGCCACUGUCCACAAGGGUGGGUGGGAGCGAGCUGUGAGAUCCACCUGCAGUGGAAGGCCGCUCACCCUGAGGACACCCUACCCAGCAUGCCCCGCCACUCCCUGUACAUCAUCAUCGGGGCGCUGUGCGUGGCCUUCGUCCUCAUGCUCAUCAUCCUCAUCGUGGGGAUCUGCCGCAUCAGCCGCAUCGAGUACCAGGGCUCCUCCCGCCACGCCUACCAAGAGUUCUACAACUGCCGCAGCAUCGACAGCGAGUUCAGCAACGCCAUCGCCUCCAUACGCCACGCAAGAUUUGGAAAGAAGUCUAGGCCUGCCAUGUACGACGCCACACCCAUCACCUAUGAAGAUUACAGUCCUGAUGACAAACCACUCGUCACUCUGAUCAAAACUAAAGAUUUAUAAAACACGCCCACGUCUGUAGCCUCUUCACUCCAGUUUCCUGUCCAGUAUUUAUUUCUUUAUAAAAAACAAACGUGCAUCAUUGAAGAGAAAAGUAUUUCUUCAUUAUAUUUUACUGUUGGAACCCAUGAUGCUAUUACAUGUAAGGCUGUAGUAUGCAUACACUUUAAUGUGCGCUAACUUGAUCCGAGGUGAGCAAAACAGCCACUGUUGGUAAGUAAAUAGUGUUAAGCCUGCUGUGUGUUGAGGGGAGGGGCCAAACGAGACCCUGCCCAACCUCUAUCCUGAUUGGCUAAAAUCUAACCCUAGAGUCAUCAGACAUGUGAAUACUCAGAGCUGAUAGCAGUAAUUACUGAUGUCGUACAGUAGUAAUAGGUGCAUUUGUUGCAGUGCAGUAAGAUAUAUAAAAAUAAUUCUGCAGUAGGUUGCCUUAAUCGGUGCAUGGGUAGAUCUGAUGGUUUCUGCAUUAUUUGGAACCUUAUAUACAUUGUUGUUUAUUUCGUGUUAGUGACAUAGUCUUCUCUGGACCAGCUGCGGUGACAGACAGAUCUUACUGGCCACUGUGUUGUAGAGACAAAGAGUGUUUUUUUAAUUGGUCGUUUCGUUCAUCGUUUUGAAACAAGUAAAAUAAAAAGAUAAUUUCCACUGUUUUACAGUUUUCCAUGGAGAUCGAUGUCUCUGCUGGGGUACAGUGAGAAGUAACGUGUGAGUUUGCUGUAAUGUGGUUCUCUGUUUGUGUACGAUGGUGUUGAUCAUCUCAGGGUGGGCUCUUCUCUCUCCAUUUCCUGUCUUUGAGGCCUGACCAAACAGAUGUCCUGGGUUGCCUCUUUUUUACAAAAAGAAAAAAAAACUACGUGAUUGAAUUCUGUGUAAUGAUGUAUUAAUAAAGGUCAAAGUGAACACUU